CUGGAUGACUGUCUAUAGCGCCGUGUGGGCUGAAGCAGAGGCUUCAACGAAGCUGGCUGAGGUGAGAUGGUGUCUGCGUGUCUGUGUGUCCGUCUGUGUGUCUGUGUGUGUGUGUGGGUAGAUAGGCAGAUGUGACGAUACACACAUGCAGCUGUGCGCGUGACAGACACGUUCGUGGGUAUGUUUCUCCUCUCGCAUCGCCCAUGUAUGGCCGCCCUCCCCCUCACCCGCAUCAUCUGCACCCCGGCGUCCCAUCGCACGUCCCUCCGGCUCCCCUCCUCCCUCCCUGUGUUGCGCACAUCCGUCCACACCCAAUCUACGCAAAUCCCGUGGCCUCGAAUGCCCGACUCGGCUUCGCCAACUCCCUCCCUUGCCGCCGCAGACGGCAGCAGGUGCGCUGUUGCGGCCGACGGGAACUGGCGGCACGGGGGAGUCUGUCGGAGAGGGGAGUGAUGUGGGUGACGAGGUGGCGGGGGAGGGCAGUGUGGAGGAGGUGGUAGAGUCUCUCAGGACACAAAUAGAAGAGGUAAGAUGACUGCACCACAGCUCGCCACCACAGACAUCGCAUGUUGUCUUUUCUCCUGUCACUGCAGAUUAGUUGGGCUGGGCGAGUUCUGCGGGAUGAGCACUCGCGAGUCCUCACGUCGGAGUGCGAAAUGCCCAUUCAAGCACACAACAAUGAACACGCUGGCCAGGUGCCUGCCUACACUCAAAGCACCACACAUACAGACAUAGCUGCACACAUACAUCCUUUCCUCUCCUUGCCAUUUCUGUGUCCAGGAGGAUGUCGGCGGCUCUGCAGUGGAGCGUCUUCGUCAGGCAGCCGAGAAGGUGAAGGCUGCAGAGGCGUCGCUGUUGAGUGCGGCCAACACCUUGUGCAAGGUCAAACUCAGCAGCAGACAGCCACUGCCCGAGCCACCGGUGCGCACACACCACUGCACACAAAAGACCAUGCAGCGAAUCCCACACCUUCACCUGUCGCUUCUCUGCAUGUGUGUGUGCGUGUGUGUGUGUGUGUGUGUGCAGGCGGCAGAUCGUGUGUACGGUAACGUGGACGCCCGCGACCACCUGCUGACCAUGCACUCGUUCUGGCAGCUCGCCAAGGCCGCCGCCCCCCACUGCGACCACAUAGUCUUCGACUUCAGGUGCCGCGACGAGUGGGAGUCGGUGCCCCCCGCCGCCGCUUUCGAGAUCGGCAAGCGUGCCGUGAACCUCAAGACCGUGGUGGUGCGGCACCCCUGGCACUCCCCUCACUGGUGGAUCGGCGGCUGUUCGUCAUUCAUCGAGGGGCACUCGCGCGGCGUGGAGGAGAGGAGGAGGAAGACCGGGCAGGGUGGGGGAAUCGAAGAACUCGUCUUCGAGUCCAUCCCCUCCGAGGGCGCCGACAUGCCCCGAACGGUCCCCCACAUGCCGCUCCCUCCCAUCCCCCUCCUCCCAUCCUUCAGUUUCCCGGCACUCAAGUCCAUCAAGGGCGCCAAACGGGACCACCGUCACCUGUUCGACAGUCGGCGGUGGCGCAUGCCGGCUCUCGAGCGGUUCGAGGGGCGUGUGGGGUCGUUUGGGGCGUUCUGCGGCACGUCCGAUCGGCUGCAGUCCUUAGAUGUUGGCGGCACUUGUGUUGGCGAUGUAGCUGGUGUGAUCGAGGGAUUCUCAGGCGAGGGGUCCUCCAAGCUCGAGCAAUUGCGGCACAUCCGCGGCCUCGGUUUGGGGGGCCGACACGGCCUCGGUUACGAGGUUUGGAGGCUCAGUACAUUUGGGGGCCGAGACGCGGACGCAGAAAGCUUAACGUGGGACGCAGAAAGCAUCGACAGACUUCGGGUGAGGCGCAAAGAGCACAAAAGAGAGAUAUCCGACACAUUAUGUCGUUGUCUGUGUCUUAACGGUGUCUUUGUAGGAUGCGCUCACGUCGCGGGGAUGCUCGAAGCAGCAUCUUGACUUCGUUGACCAAGGCGAAGACCUCAAACUGCCCACCCUCCAGGCCAUCGACAGAUUCCUACCUGCUGCAGUCCUCCCAUUCGACCUUCCCCCGGCCGAGCUGUCGGUCAGCUUUUCCGACGGCUUCCCCGUAUUCGACGUUUCGCUGCUGCAUCGCAUCCCCGCCCCCUCCCCCCUGAUGAAGGCCAUGGUGCGGCAGCUCGCCUCGCUCGCCCGCGGAGUCCACUGGAUACCGGACGUGGCCUUCAUCGAGCACCCGACCGCCCUCUCAUGCGAGAGCAUUCGAUUCAACAAGGCCAGGUGGCUGUACAUCCGCCCUGCUGGCCAGACAUCCGCCGCCGGCCCAUCCAUCCCUGACCCAGGUGUGUGGUCGGUCAUCGACCAGAUCGCUCCAUCGGCUUUCCCGUCGCUCCACUCGCUGAAUGUGAGCGGUCCGUUCGGCUGUGCGGCGGCCACCCGGCUGGUGACGGCGGGCAAGGUCCGCAUGGUGGCAGGGUCUGGCGUGUUGGCGGGUGACGUGGAGGGGUCGGAGGCCCUUGACCUGAUGAGGGCGAUGGGCAGCGGGACAGUGCUCGGAACGGUGGAGAUAGCGGGCGUGAGGGAUGUUUCAUACAGCUAUCUGUACCCGUGGGGGAAUGUGGGCGGGCUGGAUGAGUGGGCGCGGGCGAGCGCCCGUGACGAGCUGCCCAAGACCAAGUCUUUGAACCUCACCCUUGGCGGCCGUAAGCAAACGAGACAGAUGCAACUCGUCCAUCCGAAAUGAAUUAAGAUGUCUCUGUCUCCCUUUGUGUGCAUAUUCACUGCUUGCAGAGGCCAUUGAGUUGGAGCAGAUGGACACGAUGCUGCGGCAGUUUCUGACGUCGACGAGCAGUGUACUGAUCGAGGUGUACAUGCGAGACGGGGGGGAGUUCCUGGCCGCCGUCACGAGGCUCAGAGCCAUGACUCUGGCUGACGGCGAAUGGACCACCAUUCCCCACUUAUCGCUGGUCAAGGUUUCUGGCCGCCGGACGUAAGUGAGGAGGGGAGGGGGAUCGCCUGCACACUUGAAGGGUGGAUGUCGUUGGGUGUCUGUCUGUCUGUCUGUUUAUCGUGGCCGUCAGGUAGCUGCUGCUGUUGACGCACACAAGAGUGAGUGCAUCUGUCUACUCAUCGAUGUGUGUGAAUGGGUGUGGGUAUGAGCGAAAGACUCAGCUAGGGGUUGAACCAAUGCAUGUGUAGAGAGAGUCCACAAUGUGCGAUGUGCUCGUACGAUCGGA